AUGGGCGAUUCAACGCAGGAGCAGUUAAACAAAAUGUUUGAACUAUUACUUUCUGAACAAAAAGCGAAUCAGAAUCGCAGCGAACAAAUGGAUCAAUUCCAAGCUCAAUUGGAUGCAAUUUCGCGAGACCUGCAAUCAACCAAACUCAGUUUAUCGUCUUCCAGCACCGAGAGCCAACACCGUCCUCGCAAGGAAAAAGACCCAUUGGGUUGGCUCAGUCGUUGUCAACUCUUCUUUAAGCAUCAAUCCACACUAGAGGAGGAAAAAGUUGGCCUAGCAUCCAUCCAUCUAGAAGGAAUUGCCCAAUUGUGGUACUUACAAUUGAUUCAAGAUAAUCCCGAACCCACCUGGACUGAUUUUGAGAGUCAGUGUAACAAGCGAUUUGGCCCCCCAAUUCGCAGCAAUAAGCUCGGCGAGUUAGCAAAACUGAAGCAGACCGGUUCCGUUGAAGAUUACCAAAACAAAUUUGAAACUCUGGUUUCUCGUGCAGGUACCCUAACGCAACUUCAAAAAAUCCAACUAUAUAUCAGUGGUUUGCAGGAAUACAUAGCUGUGGAGGUUGAACUCCAUCAACCACAAGACCUGGUUUCGGCCAUGAGCAUGUCACGCCUGUACGAAAGGAAGCUGAAUUCUCGACUUCCCUCUAAUCGAGAUUUCCGGCGACCUUCAAACCCACCUGAACCACGUACAGCGCGUCCAAUCAAGCGGCUCACUCCCGACGAGAUGGAUGACCGCCGGAAGAAGGGAUUGUGCUUCAACUGUGAUGAGCCAUUUGUGCGAGGGCACCAAUGCAAACGUUUGUUUCUCAUCGAUCUGGCGGAAGAACUGCAAUCGGAUGAAGAUAUGGACUUGGACCCGUCCCCAGAAAUUUCUUUACAUGCCAUCACAGGAACACAAACUUCUCAGUCCAUGCGUUUGCGUGGAGUUUGGAAUGGUUUACAGGUCUUGAUACUGGUUGAUUCCGGGAGCACGCACAGUUUUAUUUCGCUGGCUAAACUCUCAGAAAAUGGGGUGAAUGUCGACGCCACGGCGGGAGUGAGGGUGAAAGUAGCCAACGGCGAACAAUUGCACAGUCCUGGUAUUUGUAAAAAAGCUACAAUUAAUCUCUACCCCAUUUUCUUUAGGGUGGAUUUAUUUGCUUUACAACUAACGGGCUUUGAUAUAGUGUUGGGUGUCAAUUGGUUGAGAACAUUGGGACCCAUUUUGUGGGACUUUGAAAUUAUGCAGAUGUCCUUCUAUUUCAGAAACCAAUUGGUUGAGUUGCGAGGAAUAAAUUCCAAAUCAGAGGCGAGCCCAGAACUGCACUCUCUCCUGGCCGCAUCCAACCCUGAUCUGCAAUUACAGAAUUUAUUGACAGAAUUUGCGGCGAUCUUCGAACCUCCAAAGGGCCUUCCUCCAGCACGCAACUGCGACCAUCGCAUUCCCUUGGAACCCGGAUCCAAACCGGUGGUAGUGCAUCCGUACAGGUAUCCACAUGGCCAGAAGGAUGAAAUCGAAAGGCAGUGUUCUGACAUGCUCAAUCAAGGGAUCAUCCGACCGAGUCGUUCUCCCUUUUCCUCAUCGGUUAUCCUGGUCCCUAAAGCCGACAAGACAUGGCGUCUUUGUGUGGAUUAUAGGGAGCUUAACGCCAGAACUAUAAAAGACAAGUUCCCAAUCCCAAUUAUAGAAGAACUUCUGGAUGAAUUAGGAGGGGCACAGUUCUUCACCAAACUUGAUUUGCUUGCAGGAUAUUAUCAGGUUGCCAUGUACCCGCCGGACAUUGAAAAGACGGCCUUCCGAACACAUCAUGGCCAUUUUGAAUUCCUGGUAAUGCCGUUCGGGUUGUCAAAUGCCCCAUCCACUUUCCAAUCCUUGAUGAAUGAGGUAUUCCGGGAUUAUUUACGCAAAUUCGUUCUGGUUUUUUUUGACGACAUUCUGGUUUUUAGCAGUUCUUGGGCAGAACACUUACAGCAUCUUCGCCAAGUAUUUCAACAAUUGGCAGCUCAUAAGCUUGUCCUGAAGAAACCCAAAUGUUCGUUUGCACAACUCCAGGUGUCCUACCUUGGCCAUAUUAUUUCACAGGUUGGAGUUCAAGUUGAUAAUUCAAAAAUUUCGGCCAUCACCGAUUGGCCUCAGCCUACAACUCCACGAGGGCUACGCGGUUUCCUGGGGCUUACUGGAUAUUAUCGCAAGUUUGUAUACAAUUACGGCUCAAUUGCUGCACCGCUAACAGCUUUAUUAAAGAAGAAUUCUUUUCAAUGGACGGCUGCCGCAACUCAAGCCUUUGAAUCCUUGAAGAAAGCUCUAACUUCCACUCCAAUUCUGGUUCUUCCCAACUUUGAUCUUUUAUUUGUAAUCGAGUGUGAUGCCUCUGACACAGGAAUCGGCGCCGUACUGCUUCAAAACAAUAAGCCAGUGGCCUUCUUUAGCCGAGCAAUGGCUGUCCGUCACAUUAGUCUUCCGGCGUACGAAAAAGAAUUAAUUGGUCUGGUCAAGGCAAUUCGACAUUGGCAGUCUUAUUUAUGGGGGAAGCAAUUUGUGGUGCGUACAGAUCAUUAUACUUUAAAGUUUUUGCUCGAACAGCUUUCACUCUCCUCGCCCCAACAACAUUGGGUGAGUAAGCUACUACCAUUCGAUUUCAAAGUUGAGUACAAACCGGGCAAAGCUAAUACAGUGGCAGACGCCUUAUCACGCCGGGAUGUUGACCAACACAGCCUCUAUGCUAUAUCACUGCCUCAACUUGAUUUAUUUGAUGACAUCCGAAGGGAACAAAUCUUUCGGAUAUUCAGAAUUGACAUUACUACGAUUAGUGGUACCGCAAUCGAUGUGUGGAGCUUUAAGCAGGGUUACCUUUUCUUCAAAAAUCGAGUUUAUAUUCCUCCAGAGUCACCUUCGGUUACAUUAGUCAUGACAGCACUACACAAUCAAGGUCAUGAAGGUUAUCAGAAAACUCUCCAUCGCAUUACCAGGGAUUUCUAUUGGAGGGGCAUGAAACAUAUGAUUCAAGAUUUCGUUCGUGCUUGUGAAGUCUGCCAACGUAGCUGUGCUAUUGAAGCUGUGGAUGUUGUUCUCCAACAGCGGGAUGAAAUGCUACAGCAUCUACGCUCUCACCUGUUGGAUGCUCAAAACCGGAUGAAAAUUCAGUAUGACCGCCACCAUAGGCCAUUGGAAUUUCAAGUGCUUGAACGGGUUGGAACAUUGGCUUACAAGUUGCAGCUUCCUCCGGAGUCCAAAAUACAUCCUGCUUUCCAUGUUUCGCACUCAAACCAUUCCAUUCGGACAUGCAUCGCUGCUACAAUCCUUCCUCCUUUGGACGACCCAGCACCGCAAGCUCCUCUCACUGUUCUGGGUCAACGAAUUCGAGCGGGCAUACAUGAAGUGUUGAUCCAUUGGAAGAAUACAAACCCUGCCGACUCAUCCUGGGAACGUGUCUCAGACAUCAACAACAGAUAUCGAGAAUUCAAGCUUGAGGACAAGCUUUCGGUGGUGGGGAGUAUUGUUAAGACCAUUCUAAGCUACACACGCAGGAAGCCACGUGUGAAUAUCCAGGAAAUUGAAGACUAG